ACCAGGUCUUGUUCUCAGCGCCAUUUAUACAGACAUAUCAUCGGUGACUGUAAGUGGAAAAUGUCAUCUUUCAAACGACUUAUGCAGAUUGAAUAUGUUAGCACUUUGGAUUGGUAGGUUGGAGCUCAGAGCAGGAAGACCAUAGUGCAGAACUACUCCAAUUGGAUGUCGCUCAAGGAAUAUGGAAGUCCAAUUGAGAGUCUUGCUCAGUUCAUAUUGGCAACCAUUUCUGAUAUCACAGUAUUGGUACCAAGCGUAGCAGUAGAACAAGAAAGUUUUCUUGAAACUGCAUGCUACCUUUAUCGAGCUUCUGUGGCCAUCAUGGAGUUGAUGACCACUGACUACACAUGCCAAGAAAAUGCCAUGGAAAUUUUUCAAUCUAUUGCAAGAAGUGUCAAUCUGGCCAAACUUCUUGUGGAGAAAUGUCAACAAGGCAUUCAGCCAUUUUCGGAUCCUGAACUCAUUACCAUUACAGGGCAGCUGGAGGAGGUCAUCAAGCACAUAGGAGAAUGCCUGAGCUUCAUACCACCAUCAACAUUUGGAGACCAACAUUAUGCAGAAAGUUCAGUUCAGUCCCUUUCGAAUGAGAUGCAGACUGCUCACUUUGAAGCUCAAGCAUCCAAGACCAGUGAGAUAGAUAAAAAGACGUUAUCCUUCAGAAAACAACCAAAGGUAGAACCAACAUCAACACCAACAGAAACGGAUCUCUACUCUAUAAGUUUUGAGGUCUCCACAGAGAAUCCUUGGUUCUUAAAUGCGCCGCAGCUGAUUGAAAUGCUUAAGAGCACAAGUUGGAUCAGCAAAAGAAAACAUGAGGAUAUGAGUGGAUCAUUAACAACAAUGCCUCCAGUUGGUCAGUACUUGGAGCCUAUGUAUGAGACUUUCUUCUGUCCACUGACAAACAAGGUUAUGGAGGAUCCGGUAACCAUAAGAAGUGGAGUGACAUUUGAGAGAAAAGCAAUUAUGGAGUGGUUUGAGAAGCUCAAUGGCUCGGAACAAACAAUAUCGUGCCCAACCACUGGCCAGAAGUUGAUGAGUAAAGCUUUCAAUGAGAACAUAGCUCUGAAAACCACAAUAGAGCAGUGGAAAGAAAGGAAUGAAGCAGCUAGGAUUAAGGUUGCCUGCGCAGCAUUGUCCUUGGCUAGUUCAGAUGCAAUGGUACUUGAAGCAGUAAAAGAGGUGCAAAGUAUCUGCAGAAGGAAGCCGUACAACAACAGUCAAGUUCGUGGUGUCGGAAUAUUGCCAUUGCUUGUUCAGUGCCUGGAGUACAAAGACAAAGAUGUUAGAAGCACAGUCCUAGAGCUUUUACUACAAUUGAUUGAGGAUGAUAACGAAAGCAAGGAAAUAAUUGCUGAAACAAUCAACAUUCCUACCCUAAUUGAAAUGCUUUCUAGUAGUCACCAGUCUGUAAGGCAUGCAUCAUUGCUUUUCUUGCUUAAGCUUUCAAGAUCACAAACAGUAUGUGAGAAAAUUGGAUCAGUUACUGGAGCUAUUCUUAUGUUGAUUACGAUUAAAUAUGGACGGUCGCAUGAUGCAUUUGCUUCAGACAAAGCAGAAGAGACCUUAAGGAAUUUAGAGCUUUCGCAAAACAACAUCAAACGCAUGGCAGAAAAUGGACUCAUGGAACCCCUCCUGAAGAAUCUUGCUGAAGGUUCUGAAGAGAUGAAGAUAGACAUGGCAGGUUACCUAGGGGAAAUUGCUCUUGGACAUGACAGCAAGAGCUAUGUUGCUCAAAGAGUCUCUCCUACUCUCAUCAAAAUGGUACAUAAUGGAAAUACACUGGCAAGAAGCGCGGCAUUUAGAACUCUAGUGCAACUCUCCUCGCACCAGCCAAAUGCUAACAUACUUGUAGAAGCUGGAAUUGUACAAGUCAUGGUUGAAGAGAUGUUCAUCCGGAAAAUUCACAAUGAACCAAUGAACUCAACAAGUGAAGCAGCUGCAAUCCUUGCAAAUAUAUUUGAGUCUGGUCUUGAGCUUGAGGAACUCCAGGUAAACUCUCACGGUCACACAAUGACUUCAGACUAUGUUGUGCACAACAUCGUUUACAUGCUCAACAACUCAACCCCAGAUGAACUAAACAACAAUCUUAUCAGGAUUCUUUUAGUCCUUGCUAAGAUCCCCAAACCAGAAGCCACCAUUGUGUCGUUGGUAAAAGAGACUGAAGCAAGCUACACCCUCAUAGAAUUCAUCAAUAACCCACAUGAACAACUUUCAAUUGCAGCCAUCAAGCUACUAACUGUUCUUUCACCCCAUAUAGGACACCUUCUAGCCGAGAGGCUCUGCAAAACCAGAGGCCAACCGGAGAACCUUCUUAUCGAGCACUCAACUGAGACCGCCCUCAUUACUGAGAAGCAGGCAGUUUCAGCAAAAUUUCUAGCAAAACUUCCCCACCAAAACCUGACACUUAACCUAGCUCUUCUAUAUAAGAAUAUUGUGCCUACAAUCAUACAAAAAAUCAAUCAAAUUCAAGGAAGACGAACAAGGUCAAGCAGGUUUGAAAGCACUUACUUAGAAGGUCUAGUAGGAAUUCUAGUCAGAUUCACUACAACAUUGUAUGAACCUCAAAUGUUGUUUCUAGCCAAAAACCAAAACUUCACAACAGUUUUCACAGAACUGCUCAUGAAAACAUCAAGUGAUGAAGUUCAGAGGUCAUCAGCAAUUGGAUUGGAGAAUCUCUCCUUGGAGUCCAUAAGCUUAUCAAAACCACCACAAAUCAAGAGAAAAAAGUUCAUGAAGUUGUUCUACCUCCCUAAAUAUCUAUCUUUUGGCACUUCAAGGAGGAGGAGAGUACCAUUGUGCCCAGUUCACCGAGGAGCCUGUUCCUCUCAAAACACCUUCUGCAUAGUUGAUGCAAAGGCAGUGGAGAAGCUACUAGUUUGUUUGGAAAAUGAGAAUCCAGAGGUGGUUGAAGCUGCAUUGUCAGCUAUAAGCACUUUGUUGGAUGACAAAGUUGAUGUGGACAAAUCUGUGAGCAUGUUGAGCGAGGUUAACGCUGUACAACAUGUUUUGAAUGCAGUUAAAGAGCACAGGCAAGAGGGAUUGCGGCAGAAGUCAUUUUGGGUGCUCGAAAAGUUCUUGAAUAAAGGCGGUGAUGAGUCUGCUUCAUAUAUAUCAAAUGACAGGGUGUUGCCUGCUAUUUUGGUCAGUGCUUUCCAUCAUGGAGCUGGAAAUACAAAGCAGAUGGCUGAGAAGAUUUUGAGGCAUUUGAAUAAGAUGCCCAACCUCUAUACUUAAUACUGUCUACUACACCAUGUAGAAGUACGAAAAACAUGUUUCUUGGUCAUACUGUGAUGUUGCCAUUGCAUUCAGGCCUUUUGUAAUGUCAUGCUCAUCUCUCACCAACAUGCCAUGUGUUUGUAAAUGAAAUCUGAUAAUUCUGGUUGGUAAUUGGAUGUGACUUGUGUCAACGG